GCGAGAUAGCAUCGCCACACCCGGCGCGACCGGCUGGCCUGGUUCGCCUGGCGCUGAUUGACACGGUGUUCUGCCUGCGGUUGGCAGUUGGAGUGCGAGUCCUCGCCGAGGUCGGGUGGCCAUUGGGAGCUCGGGCAUCGCCGCACCCACUCAUCUCCCGCCGCCAGCGUCCUGGGCAAACAUUAUCUACGCCUCCUGUCAUUUGCAUCCUUUGAAAGCCCACUUUAGCGACUCUUACGUCUCGGCCAGAUAUUCAACUGGCCGGUCAAAACCUCCUGCCAAAGCCAGCUCACCAGUCCCACCUCCUCCACCGCCAGCCACCGUCGCCUCCAGUCGGCGAUGGCCAGCCGCCUUCUCCUGCUGGCCCUGGCCACGGCUGCCGUCUCUUCUGAUGACGUCUACUUCGAGUCGCACCUCGGCGACCGCAGCUUCUUCUGCCGCGAUCGCUACGGCUUCAUCGGCGACUGCGGUGGCGGCAGGUACAACGGCAGGCCCGACUUCGACUAUGGCUACCCCUGAGGCUGGAGGCGGCGGCGGCCGGAAGGUCGGCAUGGGCCACUUCAACUUCGUCGGCAACCGACACGGCGAGCUGGUCUGCGACUUCCUGCGCGACGGCGGCGUCAGCGACGACCUGUCGAACAUCGUGUGGAGGAAGAUAUACAGCGACCCUGGCGGCUGGCAGUACAACUACCGUCGAGGCCGCGGCGCCGACCUCCGCGGACGGCCUCGCUACCACGGCGGCUACAACCGCCGCAGCCGCUUCCACGACUUCUUCGGCGGUCGGGGCCGCUACAGCGACGGCCGCGGCAGCUGGCACGGCCACCACGGACAGGGCUUCCGGCGGAGUUUCGACGACGACUGGAGCGGAGACCACAGCGGCGAAGACUUUGGCCACCACAACUGGCGGCGGUACGACCACCUGAGGUCGGGUGACUUCUACGGAAGGCCCAGGCACAUCAGCGGAUACACAGACUGGUACACCAACGACGAUUUCUACUCCAGCACUCGGGUCUACACGCAGGGAUCCCGGUCGACGCUGUACAUCCGGGACUUCCGGCCGGCGGACUUCGGCCGGUACCGGUGCUACGCCACGCGUCGUGGCUCGUUCCCAUACAGAGAGGAGACCGUCUACAUGGACGUCGACUUCAGACCUCGUCAGCGCUUCGUCUGAAAGGGCAGCCUCGCGCGGAGCUGCCGGCGCAGCAGGGGAAGCCGCCACCACCCAUACACCAGCGGGCGUCACUUCUGCACACGCUCGCCGCACGCCGGAAGCCGGCUGCUGGUGACGAGACUGACGACGCGGAACUCGCGGCGUGUGGCUGCCCUGUGCAGAGUCUGCUUUCUCUUGAAGAGUAGUGGUCGCAUGCAGAAAAGUGCAUGGUUUGACGAGCUCUUGUUGGCUAACGGCUAGGUCUACAACCGCAUCCCGCCUUCCGACCUGGCUCGAGAUAAUGGGCUCUUGCUUUUCCCUGAUCGCUACUCGCACUUAUCAGUGAUGGUCACGAAUGAAAACGAAUGGUAGUGCAGCAGGGUAUGCACAAAAGUGAUGAAUUUCAUUCACGCUCCUGAUUAACAUGAUUAAGCACGCGUAUUCGCUUAAGGGGCAAAAGGGUUGAAUUUAGACAUUGGAAAGAUUGGAGGGAUAUUACAGAAAAACCGUCAGAAAAACCGUCAAAACCGUCA